AAACAAAAAUAAAAUACUUUAAUUCAACUCAAUUCCACAAAAAUUAUAUUUUUUCUUCUUCUUCCUCCUGCUCAGAUCGUUCCUCUUCGUCUCCUUCAAUCACUCGUCAGACUCUUCCGAGACGGUGUGUUCGCUCUUUGAUUGAAUGGAAAGUGAAGACAUGCAUUCGAAGAAACCUGACGGUGGGAAUCAGAUCGUUUCAGAGGUGGUUCAUCAUCAUACAUCAUCUUCCUCCAUAAAUAGUUUAAACCCUUGGCAACGUGCUGCUGCUGCCUGCAAUGCAAGUUCUUUAGUGGAGGAAGCUGGAGAUAAGUCGAUAGCGUUGGAGAACCAAAACAAUUGGGAAUCAACCAAUGGGUCCAAGUCACCAUCUAAUAGAGAUGAUAAUGGUAACAAGGAAUCACCACAAGUCACAACCUCUCCCCAAGAAUCAGCUGGAGAUUACAGUGAAAAAAGUCAAGAACUUGUGCAUGUUGGCGUCACAGGACCUCCUCACCCUCAACUUGUUAGCCACACAGUUGGAUGGGCAUCCUCAAAUCCGUACCAGGAUCCUUAUUAUGCUGGAAUGAUGGGAGCCUAUCCCAUGGCUUAUGUUCCAUAUGGUGGGAUGCCUCAUUCAAGAAUGCCACUGCCUCCUGAGGUUGCACAGGAACCAGUUUAUGUGAAUGCUAAACAGUACCAGGCGAUACUUAGGCGAAGGCAGGCACGCGCCAAGGCUGAGCUUGAAAUGAAGCUAAUCAAAUCCAGAAAGCCUUAUCUCCAUGAAUCUCGGCAUCAGCAUGCUAUGAGGAGGCCUAGGGGCACUGGAGGACGGUUUGCAAAGAAAACAAACACCGAAGCUUCACAGCCAAAACCUGGAGAAAAGAACAAUGCUACUCAGUCCCCGACGUCAUCUCACUCUGACCAACCUGAAGCCUGGAAUGAUGAGUGUAGAAAACAGUCUGAAGAGAUGCAAAGCUCAGCUUCUAAGAGAAGGGAAGAAGCAGACUGUUCAGGGCAACAAUGGAACAGCAUUUCCUCAAACCAUACUUCUCAAGCUCGUCUAGCCAUCAAAUGACAUCUCCACUGGCAACUCAUUCUUGGCUUUCUCUUUGUUGGCUUAUUUGGUAGCAGCCAUUGAAGAGUCCUCUGUACAAAUACUUCUGUGUUUUUCUUCUUUUGGGAUAUGUCAAAUGUUAC